AUGCGCAGACGAGACUAUGCAGCCCAGCCGGCCCCCGCUGCCAAGGCCGGCUUGACCACCGGCCGCAUCGUGGCCGUCAUCGGUGCGGUGGUGGACGUGCAGUUUGAUGAGGGGCUGCCCCCCAUCCUCAAUGCCCUUGAGGUGCAGGGCAGGGAGACCCGGCUGGUGCUGGAGGUGGCUCAGCACCUGGGGGAGAACACUGUGCGCACAAUCGCCAUGGACGGGACAGAAGGCCUGGUGAGAGGACAGAAGGUGCUGGACUCCGGCGCGCCCAUCCGCAUCCCUGUCGGCCCCGAGACCCUGGGCAGGAUCAUGAAUGUCAUCGGGGAACCCAUCGACGAGAGGGGCCCCAUCACGACGAAACAGUUUGCUGCUAUCCACGCCGAAGCCCCCGAGUUUGUGGAGAUGAGCGUUGAACAGGAGAUCCUGGUGACAGGCAUCAAGGUGGUGGACCUGCUUGCUCCCUACGCCAAGGGCGGCAAGAUCGGUUUGUUUGGAGGUGCUGGCGUUGGCAAGACGGUGCUGAUCAUGGAGCUGAUCAACAACGUGGCAAAAGCCCAUGGCGGUUACUCGGUGUUCGCCGGUGUGGGGGAGCGAACCCGCGAGGGCAACGACUUGUACCAUGAGAUGAUCGAGUCUGGGGUCAUCAACCUGAAAGAUGCUACUUCCAAGGUCGCCCUGGUCUACGGGCAGAUGAACGAGCCCCCAGGCGCUCGCGCCAGAGUGGCUCUGACGGGGUUGACGGUGGCCGAAUACUUCAGGGACCAGGAGGGUCAGGAUGUGCUGCUCUUCAUCGACAACAUCUUCCGCUUCACCCAGGCUGGCUCAGAGGUGUCGGCCCUGCUGGGGAGAAUCCCCUCGGCCGUGGGCUACCAGCCCACACUGGCCACCGACAUGGGCACCAUGCAGGAGAGGAUCACCACCACGCGCAAGGGCUCCAUCACUUCGGUGCAGCCCUUCCAGGUGGCCGAGGUCUUCACUGGCCACAUGGGCAAGCUGGUGCCGCUGAAGGAGACCAUCAAGGGUUUCAAACAGAUCCUGGCGG